AUGCUCCGAGCUGAGGUAGUCUUGAUAUGGGUCUCUUGUUCAGUACUACUGCUCUCCGGCCAUCUAACACAGGGAAUUGGAGUGAAUUGGGGGAAUAUCAUGUCCCAACCCUUACACCCAACCACUGUUGUCCGAAUGCUUAAGGAUAAUGGGAUUAAGAAGGUGAAGUUGUUUGAUUCAGAUUAUCGGACUGUUAGUUCCUUGGCAGGGAGUGGUAUCCAAGUCAUGGUGGCAAUACCGAAUGAUCAGCUUCAACUAUUUAGCAAUGACUAUGAUAGCGCCAAGUACUGGGUGGAAGAGAAUAUCACAUCACACUUGUACAAGGGAGGCGUUGAUAUCAAGUACGUUGCAAUUGGAAAUGAACCAUUCCUCAAGAGUUAUCAUGGUGUUUUCACCAGACAUACUUUCCCAACAUUGAAGAACAUCCAGAGAGCCCUGGACGAGGCCGGCGUUGGGAAUAAGAUCAAAGCUACCAUCCCCCUAAACGCAGACGUCUAUGACUCUUCAACAGGGAAGCCAUCAGGUGGGAGCUUCCGUAAGGACAUAAGGGAGGUCAUGACCAAAAUAGUCAAGCACCUCAACAAGAACAAAGCACCCUUUGUUGUCAACAUCUACCCUUUCCUUAGCCUCUACGCCAACGACAACUUUCCCAUGGAGUUUGCUUUCUUUGAAGGUGGGAGUAAACCAAUCUACGACAAUGGCGUCAAGUACACCAACGUCCUCGAUGCCAACCACGACACACUUGUCUGGUCGUUGAGGAAGGCCGGCGUCCCCAAGCUGAAGAUCAUCAUCGGCGAGAUUGGAUGGCCGACGGACGGAGACAAGAAUGCCAAUGUGCGCUAUGCAAAGAGAUUCUACGAUGGCCUGUUUAAGAGGUUGGCGAGCGACAAGGGCACCCCACUGAGGGCCGGGCGGAUGGACAUAUACCUGUUCAGUCUUUUUGACGAGAACCAGAAGAGUGUUUUACCAGGGUUUUUCGAGCGACACUGGGGCAUCUUCCGGUAUGACGGCAAGCCGAAGUUCCGAAUGGAUUUCUCCGGUGAAGGACACGAUAAGCUCCUUGUGGCUGCAAAAGGGGUGAAGUACUUGCCAAGACAGUGGUGUGUAUUCGAUAGGGAGAUCAAGAACAUGAGUCGGGUUCCGGCCAACAUGGACUUCGCCUGCAACUACGCAGACUGUACGCCUCUUGUCAAUGGAGGGUCAUGUAGUGGUUUGGACAUUAAAUGGAAAACAUCGUAUGCAUUCAAUAUUUAUUUCCAAAUGCAAAACCAGGCAAUGGAUGCCUGUGACUUCCAGGGAUUGGCGAUUCUAACAACCAAGAAUGUCUCUCGAGGGUCUUGCCUAUUCCCGGUGCAGAUAGUGAGUGCUGGUGAGAGACUCAAAUUUGGGUCUAUGCUGACAUUGUUAUUGAUGAUGAUUAUGUUCACGUUAUUGUUAUUGUAG